AUGCCAGUUUGUGGAUCUGACGGUGUCACCUACGAGAACGAUUGCUUCAGAUAUUGUUCGGCCUCUCCCUAUGGAUCGGUUGCUGUGGCCUCUUUCGGUGAGUGUAAUGCUGCCCCUGCUGGAAACACUGAGUAUAGCUGCCCUGCUUGCCCCUACGAUUAUACUCCGGUUUGUGGAUCUGACGGACUAACCUACUCCAACGAUUGCGUCCGAUACUGCUCGGCUUCACCAUUCGGAUCGGUUGCUGUGGCCUACGCUGGAGAGUGUGUCUAA